AUGUUCAAGUCUGAUGCCUUGCGCAUCCAGUCUACCAGGAGCGGCGGCGACAUGUCGUCUUGCGGCUUUGCUUCACUCGCCCAAGCAGCUGGUGACCGUAACGCCAACGCUAGCUCGGGCUCAUCGGGCCAGCCGGGGGAGAACACCCGCAGCUCUACCAUUGGCAAUGCCGGUUCGACCUCUGGUACUCAGGGAUCGGGCUCUUCUGCUGGCAAGCGUUGA